CAACUUAGCAAUCACUAGAUGAACACAAGAUUGAGAGCCCCGAACAAGACAACUCGAUAUGGAGAGUCCUCAUGAGCACCAGCAGAACCUCUUGCUGUCGCGCAUCGUCACCAAUGUUGAGAAGCUCAACGAAUCCAUCUUGGUGAUGAACAAGAGCCUGCAGGAGAUUAACAUUCAGAAUAUGAACAUUGAGCUAGUGGCACAGAUGUUCAAGAACUAUCAGUCUAAUGUCCUAUUCCACCUAGAAGCCACGGACAACUUGAAAGACCCGUCAUGAUAGUUCUGAGGCUCACGCGUGUGGUGGACAUGUUGAUCUGAGAGGAAUGGCAUUGAGAAGCAGGGCGAUGGUUUCGUCCACAUAACCACCCCGGGCAGGUCAUACAGCAAAUGCCCUGUAAAGCAAUGUGUACUCAGUAUAACCAAGUGUGGUUGUAUCCAAAUAUGGUUCGGGUUGAUAAUGACCAAAGCGAUAUCGACGUAGCUCGGUAAGGUAAAUAUACAUUUACUCUACCUUU